GUCUCUUGUUACCAAAAUAUAUCGGGUGCACGCGGCUUCUUUUCAUUGUAAAUUCAUCGUAAAUAAAGUGAUAAAAAUUAUGUACAAAGUUUUACGCCAUGCUAGAGGUAAAUAUAUCAUCGGAGUUUGCCCUGCUGAGUACACAUUGAGGAAAUGUAAAUAACCUCCGCAAGGGCAUGCACAUGUGAGAUAGUUUCCGGAAGUAAGCAAACCGAAAGUACACCGUUUAGGUAGACAAUGGCCAGUGUUAGCGAUGGGGUGCCACCACGUAAACACAGACUGUUUGUGGCUGCCAUCGACUUCGGUACAACUUAUUCUGGUUACGCCUUUUCAUCAAAAGACGCUUGGGAGAAAGAACCCCUAAAAAUCAGGGCCAACAUUUGGAAUGCUGGUACUAAAAGUUUACUGUCUACAAAGGCCCCGACUACUCUACUGCUGAAGCCAGACAAGUCCUUUCUUGCAUUUGGAUACGAGGCUGAAACCCUGUACUCUGACAUGGCGGACGAAGAUGAAGACUUCAUGUCGUAUUAUUACUUCCAUUGCUUCAAGAUGUUGCUACACAACAACAAAAAGUUACGAAGGGAUGUCGAAAUUUUGGAUGCAACCGGAAAGAGUCUGGACGCAAUGACUGUGUUUAGCUUGUCCAUUAAGUUCCUCAAAGACCAUCUAUUCAACAUCCUGUCUGAUAAUUUUAGUGAUAUUCAGAAAGAUGAUAUUCAUUAUGUUCUGACAGUUCCAGCAAUUUGGGAUGACAACGCUAAGCAGUUCAUGCGAGAGGCAGCUGUUAAGGCAAGAAUAUCAAAAGAACAGUUAACUAUAGCUCUGGAGCCAGAAGUUGCUUCCAUAUACUGUCAAUUUCUGCCAGUACAACGUCAAAGACUAGAAGGCGGGGCGUCAUUUCUAGACGUUGCCAAAUCGGGGUCAAAGUUCAUGGUGGUUGAUCUCGGAGGCGGAACAACUGAUAUUACCCUACACGAGCGUUGUAAAGGUGGAAAGCUAAGGGAAAUCCACCGCGCCACGGGAGGGCCAUGGGGUGGACGAGACAUUAACGAGGCGUUUUUCUCCUUCCUCUCAGAAUUGUUUGGACAAGAUGUGAUGGAUGAUUUCAAAAUUCAGCAUAUGGAUGAUUAUCUAGAAUUAGAAAGAGAAUUUGAAACUAAAAAACGUGCAAUAUCAUCCGGAAAAUCUGGUAUGGUUAAAAUGACUUUCCCUCUGUCUUUGUUCAACUUAGCACAAACGGCAAGACAAACGAAAUCUAUUGAUGAAAUUAUCGAUAAAAAUGCCAGUUACGCUGGGAAAGUUUAUCCCAAAACUCAAAAGCUUCAAAUUGCGACUGAAGUUUUCAGUUCAUUAUUCCGUCCUACUCUUGACAAUAUUGCUGAUCACAUUAAAACAAUCCUGAAAGAUAAAUCCGGUGAUGUAGACAAUAUUCUGAUUGUCGGGGGAUUUUCCGAGUGUGAACUUUUACAAAAGCAACUGAAGGACACUAUAACAAACAAAAAAGUCAUUGUUCCUGAAGAAGCAGGACUCGCCGUCUUAAAAGGUGCUGUUCUGUAUGGUCAUUUACCACAAAUGAUCACAACUAGAGUAGCACGACAUACUUACGGAAUUCAAAGUUGGCCGGAGUUCGAUCCAAAACUGCAUCCACUGUCGAAAAGAGUUGUGAUAAAUGGCGUCGCAAGAUGUAAAGACGCCUUUUUCAAGUAUGUAACAAUCGGACAAGAAAUCAGUCCAGGGUUUCAGUUUUCACAAACUUUCCAAGCCCUGAAGCCGGAAGAAGACACGUUAGAAUGUACGAUUUAUGCUUCCACGGAGGAGAAUCCCCGAUUUGUCACGGAUCAGUCCUGCUCCUGUCUGGGGACACUGACGGUUCCGUUACCAAAGUGCCGGUCGAGUGAACCUUUCGAAAUCCAGGAGACAAUGGUGUUUGGUGAAACUGAACUUUGUGUGAGAGCAAAAGAUAUCACCCAUAACCGGACAUACGACAGUCUCUUUAACUUUUUGGGCACUUGAAAAAAAACCUUUUGUGGCCUAAUGAUGUAAAUGAUGAUAAAGUUGUAUGUCGAAUCACCUUACCACAUGCCUAUUUUUCAAAACAUUGAAUUUUGAACAACAAA